AUGCUCCUCCGUCCCAUCAUCAUCUUUCUCCGUCCACUUCCUCGUCUCUCCCAAACCACAUCAUCAUCAUUACACUCGUUCACCUCCAACUCCAAUGUCUACCCCGACGACCCUGAUCCUGAUCCUGAUCCUGAUCCUCCUCUUGCCCCCGACCUCUUCCCUUCCCCUUACCACCGCUCCGGCUCUUACACUCAGGGUGAUGCCACCUACCUCUCCCUCGCUCUCUCCGCCUCCGACCCCACCUCCGUCCACCGUCUCCUCUCCCGCAUGCGUCUCCACCCUCACCGUCCCUUCCCUGAACGCCUCUUCUUCCCUCUUUUUCCGCAUCUUCUCUCGUUUCAACCUACCCUCUCGACGCCCUCCACCUGUUCGAUGAAAUGCAUCCCUCCUUCAACUGUCCCCCACCGUUCGCUCCCUCAACUCCACCCUCUCCGCCCUCCUCUCCUCCCCUUCCUCCCUCCCUCUCGCCCUCCCUUCUACUCUCGCGCCCUCCGCUCCCUACCCCUCUAUCUCCCCCAAUCUCCUCACCUCCAACCUCCUCCUCAAAGCCCUCUCCCAUUCCCCUUCCUCCCUCGACCGCGCCAUCCACCUCUUUCGCUCCCUCCCCUCCCGCGACGCCUACUCGUAUUCCACCCUCAUCGACGCCCUCUCCCGCUUUGA